GUUUUCUGUUUUACAGAAACCAUUUUUUAGUGAUAUUUUGUUCAAAAUUGGUUUCUGCAAAACGAAAAACAUUUUCUCUCGCGUAAAAAAAUCAGAAGAUACCCUGAUCCAUACUCUACGUGUGCACGAAAACCGAUUUUGAAAAUAUCACUUCGUUAUUUAAUAAAAAAAUCAAAAACCAAAAAGUGAGGAAAUGGAUCCAGGUUCGCCUUAAGAUUGAUAGAUAAAAUUCAUUCCAUGGGAUAUACACAUGAAAUCGACGAAUCGAUGAGUAUUUGUGAGUCAUGUCGUGGAUUGAUAAGUCACAACAGAAGCCCGAAUACGAAAAAACGCCGAUCGGAUGGAAACGACGAAACUAUGCAACCAUCAUUUAGUGGGCAGCAACAUCAUGAUGUUCCAGAACCAGAACCGUCAACGAGUGGUCAACAAAUCGAACAUGAGCUGGAUAUGGUACCAUCUAUUCCAUCAUUGGAGUCAAUUCCGUCAACAGAUCAACUACAGGGUCCCCAUAAUAUUGAGAAGUUUAAUACCAUUGCUGAAACAUUGAGUUUAUCGCCAAUCUCAUCUAGAAACAUGAGAAGUAUGGAAUAUCGCAUAAACAAAUCAUUGCAGAUUACGAAAGCAGUUCGAAAAAAUAUCUUCGGAAUAGAUUCAACGGAUGUUGGCAAAGUGGAGGCGUAUGACGAGAUAAUUAUGCAGUUAAAGGAUAAGUUCAAUCACCCUACAACUUACAGAAGCGAACAGAUUAAAAUACUAUCUGUACUUCCUAAGUCUUGGUCGGUAAAUAAAAUCACAAGAGAGUUUAACGCACCAAUGUAUAUGGCGGGGCAGGUGAAGGAUCUUGUUUAUGAACAGGGUAUUCUUUGUACCACCGAAAAAAGAAGGGGGCAUGGUAUUGAUGACGAUACAAAACAAAUAGUAAGAGAAUUUUUUGAUGAUAAUGAUAUCAGCAGGCUAAUGCCAGGAACAAAUGAUUUUGUUUCUGAGGUUCGAAAUGGAAAAAAACAACAAGUUCAAAAACGACUUUUGAUGAUGUCGCUCAAAGAGGCUUAUAUGAUUUUUGUAGAUAUGUACAAAACUGUGAAUAUUGGUUUCACAGUAUUUACACAGUUGCGACCAAAGCAUUGUAUUUUACUUGAUUCUACUGGUAUACAUAAUGUACGCAUAUGUACUAUUCAUGAAAAUGUAAAUUUAAUGUUCAACAGUAUAAGAAUUGUGUCACAAGAUGAAAUAAUACAAAAAAAUGCUUUGCGAUAUUUCCACCAGAACAGAUAAUUGCUUUUUCCGUGCUUGUGAAAAGUGUGCUUAUAAUGAACACAUUGAAGAGGAACUUACAUUGAUAUUAGAAUCAAAUGACAAAGAAGAGAUUAUAUUUCAGCAGUGGUUGAAUACUGAUCGCUGUAAUUUAGAAACGAUUAUUAAACCUGUUGAUGAAUUUGUUCCAUAUCUUGUUGAUAAAAUUGACAAACUUAUAACACACGACUUUAUUCAUAAACAACAAUCAUCAUUUCUCAGAAAUAAAAAAGAUACAUUAAAGGAUGUGAUUUCUCUGAAAACUAUUCAUUCAUAAUUCAAAACGCUGCUCAAGGAUAUCAUUGGAACAACUCGCAAGCAACAAUACACCCAUUUGAAAUUUACUAUAUGAAAGAUAAUAAACUUGUAAAUGUUAGCUUCAUUAUCAUAUCGGAAGUAAUGGCUCACGAUACAGUUGCGGUCCAGUUGUUCAUCUCAAAAAUGAUAGAUUUUAUGAAACAAUUAACGAACUUUUCUAAAAUUUAUUUUAUGUCUGAUGGGGCAGCAUCACAAUACAAAAAUAAGAAGAACUUUGCUAGUCUAUGUAGAUUCCAGUCAAAGCAUGCAUUAAGAGCAGAAUGGCAUUUUUUUGCAACGUCCCACGGUAAAGGUCCAUGUGAUGCUAUUGGUGGCACUCUCAAGCGAAUGGCAAAGAGAGCAAGUCUUGCUCGAGAUUAUGGAAAUACCAAAACAACUCCACGAGAGUUAUAUAACUGGGCAGUUGUACAGACAGAUAAAAAUAUAACUAAAUUAAAUUUUUGUUACGUAUCCACUGAACAGUACAUUAAAAUGUCAGAAGAUCUCGAAGAAAUAUAUAAUAACGCCAAAACAAUACCAGGCACUCAGAAAUUCCAUAGUUUUUUGCCUAUUCCUGGCGACAAAGUAAAGACAAACAGGUAUUAAUUCAGAAGAUGAACCAAAAAUAUUUAGUAUGAUCGGAAAAAAAUAGAAAAGAACAUGUUUGAAAUUGGCUCUAAGACGCAUAUAUAUAUAUUUGAAAAAAUCAUAAUUAUAAAUAAUUGUAUAUUUAAAGGUGCACUUCAAUACAUAUUGCGAUCAAACAUUACAUUUCCUAAGAAAAUACAUUUGUAAUAUUUUAAAGUUUUUUAUGUAUAGGAAAACCCUUCCAAAUGAUUGAAUAAAUAACACAAAAUCUCCUAGAAAAUUGAGUUUCAUUGGAUUCUGGGAUUGUUAUGGCC